CGUCCCCCGAGGACCGCUGCCCGCCGCGCCACUAAGGCUCCGGGCGCACGCUGGGGAGCGGGCGCGGGGCCGGGCGAUCGCUAGCGGGUCUCCACCCCCCGAGAAGGAGCCCGCGUGGACCGGGCUGGGCGAGGAGGCCCAGGCCAGUGGGGACACUUCUUGGGCCCCUAGUGCAUCCCGACCUAGUGGCUGGGUGCACUGGUGACAGACAGCUGCCUACUUAAUGGCGCUCGUGCUGCAGGGGCGCCCGACCCGAAGAUGGAUCCUGAGGUCUCUGCCGUCCGGCUCACCGUCUGGGAGGCUGUUCACAUCCUUUCAUCUUCUGAGGAUGGGGGCCGCAUCUCCUGCACCCUGGGGUCCCUGAAGCGCUAUCUUGGUGAAACGGAGAAUCCAGCCCUCCCUGAGGAGCAGGAGGAGUUUGCCAGGAUCCACUUUUCCACCUUUCUCAGAUGUCUGGUCGGCAAGCUGAGCCCCGACUGGCUGGAGCUGCUGCCUGACGGCCAAAUGGAGGAGCUGUGGGCCAGCUUCUUCCUGGAAGGCCCGGCUGACCAAGCCUUCCUAGUGCUGAUGGAGUCCAUCGAGGGUGCUGCCAGCCCCAGCUUCCGUCUGAUGAAGAUGGCGCAGCUGCUGGCCAGGUUCCUGAGCGUGGGCAGGAUGGCCGCUGUCAUGGAGGGGCAGUGUCGGCAGCAGGCAGGGCCAGCCUUCCCCCUGCUUCAGGAGACGCUUCUCAACAAGGUUGUGGGCCUGCCCGAUCGCCUGGGCAACCGUCUGCAGCGGGAGAACCUGGCCACAUUCUUCCCUCAGAACUACUUCCCUCUGCUGGGCGAGGAAGUCCUGCGAGUGCUGCAGGUGGUCGUGGACUCUCUCCGAGGUGGCCUGGACUGCUCCGUCUCCUUCCUGUCUCAGGUCCUGGGGAAAGCCUGCGUCCACGGGAGACAGAAGGAGGUCCUGGGCGUGCUUGUGCCCCGGCUGACGGUGCUCACCCAGGGCAGCUGCCUCUGGCAGCGGGUCUGCUGGUGCCUGGUGGAGCGCGUGCCUGACUGGGCCAUGGAGGCCGUGGUGAAGGGGUUCGUGGAGGCUGACCCAGGGCCUGAAGUCCUCUCACGGCUGCUGGGGAACCUGGUGACAAAGAGUAAGAAGGCCCAGUUUGUGAUGACCCGGAAGCUGCUGUUCCUACAGUACAGCUGCACGAUGCCCAUGCUGCAGAGCCUGCUGGGCUACCUGGCCAUGGACAGCCAGCGGCGCUCACUCCUUAUGCAGGCGCUGAAGGAGCUCCUGGAGACGUGGGGCAGCAGCAGUGCCAUCCGCCACGUGCCCCUGGUGCAGCAGCGCUACGUCAGCAAGGCCAUCCUCAUCUGCCUGGCGCACCUGGGGGAGGCGGAGCUCCGGGACAGCCGGGAUGAGUUGUUGGCCAGCCUGAUGGAGGGAGUGAAGAGCCGCUUGGACAGCAGCCUGCCCCCCGUGCGCCGCUUGGGCAUGAUUGUGGCUGAGGUGGCCAGUGCCCGGAUCCACCCCGAGGGGCCUCCCCUGAAGUUCCAGUAUGAAGAGGAUGAGCUGACCCGCGAGAUGCUGGCUUUGGCCAUGCCCCGGCCCGCGGCUGACAGCCCCUCGGAGGCGGGCCCGUCUUUCACUCCAGUCAGUGGAGAGACUCCUGACAGAGAGACUGUGGACCGCAGCGGCCCCCAGCCUGGGCCUGAGGGCUCCGACUCCGAGCUGGACAGCGAUGAUGAGUUUGUCCCCUACGACAUGUCGGUAGACGGGGAGCGGAGAAGCAGCAAGGCGCCCUCGUAUGUGCGGGGCUGUUUGGAAGCUCUGACCGGGUCCGAGGACUGGGAGCGCUGGGAGGCGGCCCUGUGGGCCCUCGAGGGGCUGAUCUUCAGGAGCCCGGCUGCCACUCAGGAGGUGAGCGUGGAGCUGGCCAAGGUGCUGCUGCACCUGGAGGAGAAGACAGCCGUGGCGGGGUUCGAGGGGCUGCGCCAGAGGGCCCUGGUGGCCGUCACAGUCACAGACCCGGCUCGGGUGGCGGAGUACCUGACCGCACAGUUCUACGCCCUCAACUACAGCCUCCGGCAGCGCAUGGACAUUCUGGACGUCCUGACUCUGGCCGCCCAGGAGCUGUCUCGGCCGGGGCGCCUUGGGAAGGCUCCCCAGGGGGGCUCCCCAGACCCCGGCUCCCAGCCUGGUGGUGCUGUGGUCCCGGCCUGGCGGGCGGUGGUGGAGGAGCGCGUCAGACGCAAGACCCGGCGAUUUUCCAAGGGCUCUCCGGGGCGGGCACCAGCCGUUGGCCCCAACGAAUUCAACUUGGUGGCUGGCUACUUCUUCUUCCCCCUCCUUCAACAUUUUGACAGGCCUCUUGUGACUUUUGACCUUUUGGGAGAUGACCAGUUGGUUCUUGGGAGACUGGCCCACACCUUAGGGGCCCUGAUGUACCUGGCUGUGAAUACCACGGUGGCUGUGCCCAUGGGCAAGGCCCUGCUGGAGUUCGUGUGGGCCCUUCGUUUCCAUGGUGAUGCCUAUGUGCGCCGGGGCUUGCUGUCUGCUGUCUCCGCCGUCCUCCUCAGCGUUCCGGCUGAGCGGCUGCUGGCAGACCUGCUGGACGAGCUGCUGGAGGCCCGGUCCUGGCUGGGAGACGUGGCCGAGAAGGACCCAGACGAGGACUGCAGGCUGCUGGCAGUGAAGGCACUACUGCUUCUGGAGAAGCUCCGAGACAAGCUCCUCCCGCUCUCCUCUCCUUAGCCCCCGACCCCCGGGAGGCACAUCCCGCUGGAAGAGUGCGGCCUGGGGGCCAGCACGUGGGGCGGAGGUGCAGCUGGUACAGCCUGGAGUGUCUGCGGCUCAGUGAAGACUCUGCAUCAGGGCCUCGGGUUCUGCCCCCCACAGACUGGGACUGGGACGUGGCCUCUGAGGCUUGGGCUCCAGGACGGCUGCUCAGCCCAGUGCCUCCGUGCAGCCUGCAGACUGCAGAGCUGGGGCCACUGGGCCUGGGGGCUUCUUAACAAUGUGCCCCCAGCCCUUCCUCACCUAAAGGCCAGGGACUUUAAGGACAACAGAAAAGGAAGAAUAAAAGAGGUGCAGGAGCUCUUUGUGGUUCUCACUCCUGCAGGGAGCCUGGUGCCCACACACGGCCCCCUGAAGGGGAGACAUGGAAAUGGGGGCAGGAAGGGGACACAGGCCUCCGAGAAAACAGACUUUAUUUGGAGAAUUUCGGCAGCUGGUGGGUGGAGCUGGGGGUGGGAAAGCAUGAGGCGGCCCCCCCCGCCCCCAUCAUGGUGCUGUCCCUGAUGGCCCCUUAACGGUGGGAGCUGGUGACGGAAAGGGCACGGCCUAGAUGGACAGAGCCUCCCGCUGCAGCCCAGUGCCAACCAUUGUCUCCCUGUGGUCAGGACGGGGUGUCCUGUGGGAACCAGUCAGAGGCACUGCUGGGCAACCUGUGUGGGUGCCAGGGGGGGCCGGGAAUAUGGGGACACCCUCAGUUUCUUAGGCUUCACACCCUGUACUUGGGGGAAUGUCAUGGGAAAAAUGAACCAACUCCCUUGACUGCCGACGGGCUAAAACAAAACCCUGCAGGGGUCAGGGACUCAGAAGGGGUGGCUUAGAGGCCCUCCCCCUGAUGCCCCUCGGAGGCUAGCGCAUUUUCCCACAGCUCUGCCUACGGACUCAGACACAAAACUUUCACCAGGAACGUCGGCCUCCUGCUACUGACAAUGACUGGCGAGUCCCAGAAGAGCCUGGGCAGCAGCAGGCCCUCAGGGGCCAUUCUCCACCUCCUCCAUCACCUCCUCGUCCAUCUCCUUGUGAUCCUCCACGUUGUUGUGGCGCAUCUGCUCCGGCAUGGUGCGCAUCAGAGGGAUGCCCAGGCCCUGGUGCACGGCGUCCACAGUGCGCUGGCUCACGUAGUACGACACGUUGAUGGAGGACACUCUCUUCCGCAUCUCCUCCAGGUACUUGUAGGCCUGGGUCACACACAACAGCCGUGACCGGUCAGUGCACAGUGGGAACAAGGGGCCCAGCCCGGGGGCAGAGUGAACAGGGGAGGGACACCUUUGAUAAAGGGGCUCGGGUGGCCUCCCGGCCUUCCCAAGCGUUGGUGGCAUCUGCGGGCAGCGAGGCUCAGGCUCUGGUGAUCAGUGCUGUGAACUCCCCCAGGGAGUCCCAUGGGCAGCCUGUUACCAGGACCCUGUGUGUCUGGGGACCACACCCCAGAGGGUCUGCCCACCCUGGAUACACAGAGGGAGACCUCGAGGGAAGGAUGGAUUCAUGCCUCCCGUCUGUUUCAUUCACUCUGGGGUGUGUGCUUGUUGGGCCAGAGGGCCGGCAGCAACAUACAAAUGGUUUGUCGUGUCUAUUUUGACCAGGCCUCCAAUUUACCCCCAUUAAUUGGCCUGUGCUUAGUGAGUCUCACGUGUGUGUGGUCCUUGGCCCGGGGCUGGUGAACUAUGGGAUUGUCAGUGGUUUUCCUGUAGGACUUCCUCUGGUCCGACCAGUGGGAAUAUGUGGUGGUGGGGGGGCAUGGGGGCCACACAGCAGCUCGGAGUGGGGUCUGAGGCAGGAUGGGUGUGCUUACACCUGCUCCACCUGCCUGCACCCACCCACACCUCCUUACACCUGCUCCACCUGCUCACCCACAGGGAGGGUCAUGUGCAAGCACAAGGAGCUGGAAUAGGGCCUCACGUGGCUUCUACAGGUACACUGAGUAUCAAUUCAGAAUAUGAACAAAAUUUCCAGGAGCUUUUUGACUUUAUGAGGAAAUAAUCACAUCUUAGCAUUUCUUAAAGAUGAUAAAAUUUUAGAAUGAUGUUAUUUCAGACAGAUAUAACUGUCUGAUAUAAACAAUAAAUAUCAUAAAGAUAAAAUAGGGUGUUUGGAGGGAUGAGGGAGGCAGUGUGCAAGUGCCCAGGAGCCCUCCAACGAGGGAAGGAGACAUCCAGGCACCAGGGGACGCCCCUCGGUGUCCGCUGAGGGCCAGCUGUGAGCCAGGCGCCGUGCUGGGCACACAGGACACAGGUACAAGGGAGCACCAAGCCAAGGGAGGACUGGGCGCUUCGGUGAGAAGCCCAGCCCAGCAAGGGUGGAGGGAG